UCCUUUAAGAGCAGUGGUAUGUGGUCUCGGUAGCUGCUCCCAUUCAGUUUCAGUUUCUGGGUCACCUUCAAAGGUAGUCCCAUGUAGACCACAUAGCAGUAGCCCAAGCCGGAAAUAACCAGAGCAUGCACCACUCUGGCGAGACAGUCUGCGGGGAAGGAGGGUCUCAGCCUGUGUUCCAUAUGGAGCUGCUAGAGAGCUGCCCUGGACACAGAAUUGACCUGCACCUCCAUGGUCAGCUGGCCUGCCUUCACCUGCAACAGAAUUCCCUAAUACACCAAGGAUUUGAGACCCAUCAGCUAUCCUCACCUGGUUUAGCCGGCUGAUUGAAGCCAUUCCUUGGAUUAUGGCCUCUGUUGCAUUCUGACAGCUUCUGGAAGCCACAGUUCUCUUCCUCGAAACCAAAACAGGAUUCCCUUUCCUCCCACUCUGAAGAAGGAGAUGGAGAAGACAGUCAGAACUCCAGGGGAUGGGUCACCGUUCUCCCCCAUUAGGAAUAGAAAUUCAAAUGUGUGAAAUGUGGAAUAUUCUUCAUUGAAUGAGGAAACAUAGUUCACAUCAACAAACUCCAACAGGGGAGAAACCAUUUAAAGGUAUGGAGUGUGGGAAAAGUUUCACUGAUAGUGGAAAACUUAGAACAAAUCAGCAGACUCACAUGGGCAAGAAAGGAUUCCAGUGCAGGGAGUGUGGGAAGGACUUCAGUCAACAUGGGCACUUAAGUUUACAUCAACGGAUUCACACAGGGGAAAAACCUUUUAAAUGUCUGGAGUGUGGAAAGAGCUUCUAUCGGAGUGAUACACUUAGAAGACAUCAAUGGACUCACACGGGGGAGAAACCAUUUAAAUGCAUGGAUUGUGGAAAGAGCUACAGUCAGAAUGGACACUUAAGUUUACAUCAGCGGACUCACACAGGGGAGAAACCAUAUAAAUGUAUGGAGUGUGGAAAGAGCUUCAGUUUCAAUGGAAACCUUAGAACACAUCAAUGGACUCACACAGGGGAGAAACCACAUAAAUGUGUAGAGUGUGGAAAGAGCUUUACUGGUAAUGGAAACCUUAGAACACAUCAACGGAUUCACACAGGGGAGAAACCAUUUAAAUGCCAGGAGUGCGGAAAGAGCUUUAGUGACAAUGGACCCCUUAGAACACAUCAACGGAUUCACACAGGGGAGAAACCAUAUAAAUGUCUGGAUUGUGGAAAGAGCUUCAGUCAGAAUGGAGACCUUAGAAAACAUCAACGGACUCACACAGGGGAGAAACCAUUUAAAUGUAUGGAGUGUGGAAAAGGUUUCUGUCAGAAUGGAGAGCUUAAAUUACACCAGCGGAUUCACACAGGGGAGAAACCAUAUAAAUGUAUGGAGUGCGGAAAGAGCUUCACUCAGAGUGGAUACCUCAAUAAACAUCAACGGAUUCACACAGGGGAGAAACCAUAUAAAUGUAUGAAGUGCGGAAAGAGCUUCAGUUUCAAUGGAAACCUUAGAACACAUCAACGGAUUCACACAGGAGAGAAACCAUUUAAAUGCAUGGAGUGCAGAAAGUGCUUUACUGAUAAUGGAAACCUUAGAAGACAUCAACGGACUCAUACAGGUGAUAAACCAUUUAAAUGCCUGGAGUGUGGAAAGUGCUUCAGUCAGAAUGGAGACCUUAAAUUACACCAGCGAAUUCACACAGGGGAGAAACCAUUUAAAUGCAUGGAGUGCGGAAAGAGCUUUACUGAUAAUGGAAAGCUUAGAAGACAUCAACGGACUCAUACAGGUGAUAAACCAUUUAAAUGCCUGGAGUGUGGAAAAUGCUUCAGUCAGAAUGGAGACCUUAAGUUACACCAGCGGAUUCACACAGGGGAGAAACCAUAUAAAUCUAUGGAGUGCGGAAAGAGCUUUAGUGAUCAUGGAUGCCUUAGAAAACAUCAACUGAUUCACAAAGGGGAGAAACCAUUUAAAUGUAUGGAGUGUGGAAAGAGCUUCCGUCAGAGUGGACACCUCAAUAUACAUCAAUGGACUCACACAGGAGAGAAACCAUUUAAAUGUAUGGAGUGCGGAAAGAGCUUUAGCGAUAAUGGAAACCUUAGAGGACAUCAACGGACUCACACAGGGGAGAAACCAUUUAAAUGCAUGGGGUGCAGAAAGAGCUUCAGUCAGAAUGGAAAUCUUAGAAAACAUCAGCAGACACACAGGGGAGAAACUGUUUAAAUGUAUGGACUGUGGAAGGAGCUUCAGUCAGAGUGGAACCCUUGAUUUAUGUCAACAAACUCGCACAAAACACAAACCUUAUAAAUAUCAGGAAAGUAGAUAGAGGUUCAGUCCUGGUGGAAAUUCUAAAUCAACAGACUCACGGACAGGAAGAACUUUAGGAGUUGAAACCCUACAAACCAUCAACAAACUCAAAGAGGAGGGGCAGUUUAAAUAAAAAGAUUGCAAAAAGUGCUUUAUUUGCAAAGGAGUGUUUAAGGAACAUCCAGGGACUCUCACAUGGAAGAACCCAUUUAGAUGUAUGGAGUGUUGGAUGUCUUCCGCUCAGAGUCCACUCUUUUCUUCACAGAAAUGAACUCGGCAGGAAAUCAGUCUUUAAUACAUGUUGUGUAUGUGAAGUUCUGGUAUUUACGUGUAAAACUGUAUAGUAAUGAAAUAUUGAAGGCAAUGUCAAACAAUGUGAUUAUAAUCUAAGAUUUAAAGUACCUUUCGAUAGAGAAAGGGUGAGGGUUUAUCUGGAUUGCUGGUGGUCAGUGAGGAUUAGGGCUGGGCGAUAUAUUGUCCCAUACUGGUUUCUAGACCACAUCAUGAUAACCUUCCAAAAACAAUUGAUAUGGCAACACACCAAGAAUCACAGUGUGUGUUUCUGGGAUGCUCAUUUGCCUGGAAGCAGCCGGCAGAAAGCUUUUCUUUGUGAAGCCCCUGAAUAUGCUGAGUUGCUGACUUCCCUCCCAGACGACAGGAAGCGAAAGACACACAUCCUUUGCCCUGUGUCCUUCCAGCCUCUUUCCUCCCUUGCUCCCUUCUGCCGGAUUGUGUGCCUGACUUAGAUAUCCUGUGUGCUGUAUUUUUCUACUCCUGAAACUGGAUUUGCUCUCAGGAGCUAGGUUUUGUGCCUCACUGGGGACCCAGUGAGAACUGUAUGCUUUGAAAGCUCAGUAAACUAUUACUGAAGAAGUC